AAAAAAAAAAAAAAGGAAUGGAAGAAGAAGAAAGAUUUUGUUUUUUUGAAACGUCUUUGUUCAUUUGUCCAUUUCUUCCAAAGUGGUCCCCAACGUGGUUGGGGUGUGAUCCAAGCCGCCCUCAUAUACUAUCUUAAAAUUGACUUAGUUGCACCAUAGUCCUAUUUCAGUCGACUCACAAUCUCCUUCCACACACACCACAAACAACAGCCAUGACUUCCACUUUCAUCCAACAACCCAUAACGUCCGAAGAAGACGAGCAAUGGCUAUUCGCCAUGCAGCUUGCAAGCGGUCCGGUCCUAACCAUGGCCUUGAAAGCAGCGAUAGAGCUGGGUGUGUUAGAGAUCAUAGCCAAAGCAGGCCCAGGGGCACAUCUUUCCCCAUCCGAGGUCGCUGCUCACCUCCCCACACAGAAUCCAGAGGCUCCGAUAAUGCUCGAUCGUGUCCUUCGGCUCUUGGCUAGCAGCUGUGUCCUUACAUGCUCCCUUGUUACAUUAGACGAUGGUCAAGUCGGGCGACGCUACGGUUUGGCACCUGUCUGUAAAUUCCUCGUCCCAAAUCAAGACGGUGUCUCCCUGGCACCUAUGGUGCUGAUGAAUGACAGUGUCCCGAUUGAAAGCUGGUGCCACCUGAAAGAUGUGGUUCUUGAAGGGGGAGAACCUUUCAACAAGGCCCAUGGAAUGUCCAAGUUUGAGUACCUUGGCAUAGAUCCCACAUUAAAUAAGGUUUUCAACAGAGCUAUGUCAGAUCACUCCACCUUAAUCAUGAAGAAGAUUUUGGAGACAUAUAAAGGGUUUCAAGGACUAAAGGAGUUGGUUGAUGUGGGAGGAGGUGUUGGGGCCUCCCUCAACAUGAUCAUCUCCAAGCAUCCCCAAAUCAAAGGAACUAAUUUUGAUUUGCCUCAUGCAGUUGCAGAUGCGCCAGAUUCUCCUGGUGUGGAGCAUGUUGGGGGAGACAUGUUUGUUAGUGUCCCUAGUGGGGAAGCCAUUUUCAUGAAGUGGAUACUUCACAAUUGGAAUGAUGAUCAGUGCUUGAAACUUCUGAAGAAUUGCUAUAAGGCGUUACCGAACUCUGGAAAGGUGAUCAUCAUCGAAUCGAUUCUCCCGGUGGCACUAGAGACUAACAUGGCUGCUAAUUCCGUCAUCAAGCUGGAUUUGAUUAUGCUGGUUAACUUUUCAGGAGGCAAAGAAAGGACGGCAAAUGAGUUUGAGGCCUUGGCGAAGGGAGCUGGAUUCACUGGUUUUAGGAUGUUGUGCUGUGCUUAUAACAAUUGGGUCAUGGAAUUCUACAAAUAGAUGUGACUUUAGCUGGAGCAUGUCUUUUUUACAGUUGUGAAUGGAAUCAAUUAUAACAUUUAGGUGGUUGUUAGAAA